AUGUCAAAGACAGUAGUAUUAAUAGGCAAAACUGGUGAAGGUCGAACUACCCUUUUUAAUAAAAUUACUAAUUCCUAAUAAAAAACUGCUGCUGGGGGUUAGAAUGUUACUACUAAUGUCUUCGUUAAAUAAUCAUCUUAUGGAGAUGGAUUUUAAUUAAUUGAUACCCCUGGAUUUGAUUCAUGUUCUCAAACUUUUAAUUUAAUAGCCGGAUUUUUAUCUGCAAUUGAUAAAUUUUUAAUUAAUAGAAUAAUGGUUGUUAUUAGAUAUGAUAGAUUAGAAUUGAUUAAGAAAGAACUAAUAAAAUAUACUGAACUUUUUUAAAGUUAUAAAGAUAAACUUACAUUUGUCAUAACUUUUAUGGAUUACAUUAAGAAUGAUUAUCUGAAAAAUGUUAAUGAGAUUUAGUUAAUGGCAAAAUAAUAAAAAAUAAAUUCUGUUAUUUUUGCUUCUCGUGAUCAUUCAGGACAAUAACUUUGUCAACUUUUUGAUUAGGAAAUUCAAGCUUCUGUUGCAUAAAAAAUUUCAUUAACAGAUGAUCAACAACUUAGCCUAUUGGAUCGAAUUGAUAAUGAUGAAAUUUAAUAUUACUUAAUGUAAAGUGAAAAUGUAGAAUACCCAUUUAUAUAAUAUGAAAGAUAAAUGAGAAAAAGUUGUUAGUAAAAUUAAAAUAUUAAUUAUUCCUAAAUUAAAGAAUAUUUGAAAAAAAUCAUUAAGAAAUGUUUUUUGGAUUGUUUCCGGCUUAUGGAACAAAAUGAAGAAUCGGAAAAAUAUUAAAUUUACUUAAAUUUAAAAAAUUAAAUCAAACCUUCACUCAAUAACAUUAUUCAAUUAAUUGAAAAGUCGAACAAAAAUGGUAUAUAUAGGCAUUUAUUUAUAAUUAGAUUUUGAAUAAUUUAUAGAAUAAGAAUUAAAAUCUUAUGAAGUAGGUCGCAAUGAAUGUUUAAAACAACUUGAAUAAGCAAAAAAGCAUAUGUCAUCAUCAAUAGUUCAACUUUGA